AUGCAUUCUUCGUCGGGUACCACCGCUCCCACAGCCCCUCGUAAGGGCUGGUGGGAGACCCCUGGCCUCAUCCGUCUCAAUCUAUCUAUCAUUUCGUUGACGUUUCUAUCAUCUGCCAAUGGAUACGACAGCUCCCUUCUCAAUGGUCUCCAGUCAUUGACAGUGUGGACAAACUUCAUGGGGACCCCUACUGGCACAUGGCUUGGGUUCAUCAAUACCUUGUACUGGAUCGGUGCAGGUAUUACGGCCACUGCGGCAGGGUGGUGCUCAAACCAGUUUGGACGCAAGCCAGUCAUCUUGAUGGGACUUUUCUUUCUUGCAUGUGGAACUGUGGUCCAGGCUGCAUCCCCAAAUCGUGACUCAUUUAUGGUCGGCCGCUUGCUCACGGGCAUGAGCAUGGGAUUCAUGAAUAACGCCGGGCCCUCCCUCAUCGCCGAAGUCGCAUAUCCAACUCACCAGGGCAUUGCUACAGCGCUAUAUAUGACAAGCUACUAUAUUGGUAGUAUUGUUGCGGCUUGGGUUACCUUCGGAACUCGGAACAUGACUUCUGAUUGGGCCUGGAGAGUCCCUACGCUGUUCCAACUUCUUAUGCCUGGAAUUGCCAUUCCAGGUUUCCUCUGGAUUUCUGAAAGUCCUCGGUGGCUUAUCUCGGCCAACAAGAUUGAAAAAGCACGAGCUACCCUUGCAAGAUUGCAUGCGGACGGUGAUCCCAAUGUGCCGUUGGUUGAUGAGGAACUGGAAUUGAUUAGAACCUCUAUCCAAGCUGAGGUUGAGGCAGAACAAUCAUCGGGAUAUUCUCAAAUGUUACGUACCCGUGGAAACCGUCACCGUCUGCUGAUUUCCGUCACGCUUGGGUUCUUCGACCAAUGGGCAGGAAACGGUCUUCUUUCGUACUAUCUGACGAUUGUUCUCAAUACAAUUGGGAUAACAUCGACAACUUCCCAGCUUCUCAUUUCUGCCUGUCUUCAGGUUUGGAACCUUCCGUUCUCUGUUUUGGGGGCAAUUUCUGUGGAUCGAAUGGGUCGUCGGACUUUGUUUCUUCUGUCGGCUUUCAUAAUGUUGAUCAGUUAUGUGAUUAUGACAGCGCUCUAUGGAUCUUUUGUCACGACAGGCAACUCUGCAACUGGUAUUGCGUUUAUUCCUUUCGUGUUUCUUUAUUUCGCUGGGUACGAUAUUGCUUUAACACCUCUUCUUACCUCAUACCCAUGUGAAAUUUGGCCCUUCGCUCUACGAUCCCGCGGACUGACCGUUACCUGGAUGUCUUGCAUCAUUGCCAUCAUUUUCAACAUAUUUGUGAAUCCCAUCGCUUUGGAGGCGAUAGGGUGGAAAUACUACCUUGUAUAUGUCGUUAUCCUCAUUGUUUAUGGGCUCGUUGUGUUUUUCUUUUAUCCUGAAACUCGCGGAUACAGCCUCGAGCAAAUGGCCAAUGUGUUCGACAAGUACGAUGCCAUGGAUGCGGCCUCCAUUUUGUCUCAGGGCGAUGAGAAAGAGGUUGCGAAGAAGUGA